UUAUUAAUAAUAAAGUUUACGAUUUAUACAUGAGGCAGUUUGACUUUUGACGUUUGUAUAAAAUUCGAAUUAAAAGUAAGUGUUUCUGGUCUUUAAAAAAUGACAGAAGAAAUUCGAAACCUCUCACUAGGUCUUCAAAAAUUUAGAAAUUUCCUUUUUGGACGAAAGCACACGCUUACACAUCGUUACCCUAAGGAUGUGUCUUGUCGAUCUCCUCCACUGCCAAAGUUGCCAGACGGACCAUCUCAUAAAUUGAGUAAUAACUACUACUUUAGUAGAGAUCCUCGUAGGGAAAUAAAACCUCCAACAGUUGUGUAUGUCCCACAAAUAUCAUUAGAGAAAACAGGCGAAUGUCCACAAAAAUUAAUUGGAGCUAGAAAACCUGGAAUAACAUACAAUUGGGACCAGUAAUUGAUGAAUGAUGCAUAUAGUAAUUAUAUCUAUUUAACUAUUCAUGAAAAUAUAGAAGAGAUGAAAGAAAAUUAAAUUUUGUUUUAGUAG